UCUUUCUUUGGAAUAAUGUCGGCUGAAUAUGAUAAUAGAGACAAUGGCCCCGAAGGCAUGGAGCCAGAUGGGAUCAUUGAGAGCAACUGGACUGAGAUCACGGACAGUUUUGAUGACAUGAACCUGCGCGAGGCCCUUCAGGGAAUUUAUGCCUAUGGUUUUGAGAAGCCCUCUGCUAUCCAGCAGAGAGCCAUUAUGCCUUGUAUCAAGGGUUUCGAUGUGAUCGCUCAGGCCCAGUCUGGCACUGGGAAGACUGCCACCUUUGCCAUUUCCAUCCUUCAGCAGAUUGAUGUGUCAUUGAAAGGCACUCAGGCUCUGGUCCUGGCUCCCACCAGGGAGCUGGCUCAGCAGAUCCAGAAGGUGGUGCUUGCCCUGGGUGACUACAUGGGAGCCAGUUGCUAUGCCUGUAUUGGAGGGACCAACAUCCGCAGUGAAGUCCAGAAGCUCCAGGCUGAAGCCCCUCACAUCGUGGUGGGAACCCCCGGCCGCGUCUUCGACAUGUUGACUCGCAAAAAUCUCGGUUCUAAAUUGAUCAAAAUGUUUGUGCUGGAUGAAGCUGACGAGAUGCUUAGUCGAGGUUUCAAGGACCAGAUCUAUGAGAUUUUCCAGAAACUUGGAAGCAACACACAGGUUGUCCUACUGUCGGCCACCAUGCCGGCUGACGUGUUGGAGGUCACAAAGAAGUUCAUGCGUGAGCCUGUCCGAAUCCUGGUAAAGAAAGAGGAGCUGACCCUCGAGGGUAUCCGUCAGUUCUACAUCAAUGUGGAGAAAGAGGAGUGGAAGUUGGACACGCUGUGUGACUUGUACGAAACCCUGACCAUCACACAAGCGGUCAUCUUCAUCAACACAAGGAGGAAAGUGGACUGGCUGACUGAGAAGAUGCACGCCAGAGACUUCACCGUGUCUGCUCUGCACGGUGACAUGGACCAGAAAGAGAGAGACCUGAUCAUGAGGGAGUUCCGCUCCGGCUCCAGUCGAGUCCUCAUCACCACUGACCUGCUGGCCAGAGGUAUUGAUGUCCAGCAGGUGUCCCUAGUCAUCAACUACGACCUGCCGACCAACAGGGAAAACUACAUCCACAGGAUUGGCCGGGGCGGUCGUUUCGGCAGGAAGGGAGUCGCCAUCAACAUGGUGACUGAGGAGGACAGGCGAACCCUGAGGGACAUUGAGACAUUCUACAACACCACCGUCGAGGAGAUGCCCAUGAAUGUGGCCGAUCUGAUCUAGAUGACUCCACGUGCCCAUCGUCCACCCCCUCCCCCACUUAUUUUAGCAGUCAAACUCUGUUUUCUUAUACGAUCUGAAUUCUAAGAACUUCCUUUUGCUAAAUUCCACCAUGACUUUACCCUCUACAUUCUAAGGGAAGGAAGAGUGUGGCCAUUAUUCCUUCCUAACCUUUCAAAUAGUUUUUUGGCCGUUCUGGAAGGAUGGAAUUACUGACCUGCUUCAUCUGCUUGUCCAUUACCCCAUAUUGGCACCUAAAUUCUUCCUGCAGCUAAUCCCUCCUCUAAACCUUGAAGCAUUCAUGUGAACAUUUAGGUUUUUUUGCAAACCGAGGACUUAUAACAUCAAACGAGCAAGUUUGUAACUGGUUCCCCACACGUGCAAAACAUAACCGCGUUUCCAAAACCACAUUUAAAAAUAAUAAAAAAAAAAAAAAAAAAAAGCCCGGAUAAAGUUGAUGUUAAAAACAUUAAAAAAAAAAAAGAUUCUAGCUGUGACUGAAAGGCUUAACAUUAAAUUAAUGCUCAAUUGAUAACAUGCACGACGCUAACUAGAAGUCCCAUCGAAGCUUUUGUGAAAUGUGGCUGUGAUUUGCACCCCUCAAAAGCGUCGCCAGGCGGUGCAGCGCCCGGCGACGUCCCGAUUUACACGAGCGGUUUAGACUGCAGUUCAGUUUGGACUCCAAACACAAUGAUCUACAUGGGAAAUGCUGCAUUUGACCAGAUCAGUAUUUAAACAACCUUCAGUGUACCGGAGACAACCUUUUAACUCACAUCAUGUUCAGAAGGUUUUUGGGGCUAGAGAGUACACAGGGCAUAUUCAAUAAAAAGACCUAUAUAGUAAAAUCCACCAUGAA